CGUAAAAAUCAUUAUUACCAAAAACGGUCCGAAAUCCCCAAUAUGUGAUGUUCUAGUCAAUUAGUGACUUGUAGAUCUAUUGUCACUGCCGCCCGAAACCUUCGUAUGUGAAAAGUCAAUGUUUACCCUUGGUGCACAAGUUGAAUGCUAAUGGUGACCGGUCGAAUACAAAUACACGUCGCACCGCAUCAGUGCCUAUCUCCAUCCUUCCCGAUUAUGUGUUUUUCUUUUCUCUCAGUGCCCACUGAGUAUAACAAAGGUACAUAAGGCGCCUCAGGAAGCCUAUAUAUAUAGCCUGAGGUGCCGUGCGGCUUGCUGUAGUCUCCAUCAUCUUAUCGUUUCCCGCCCCCUACCCUACUGUACAAUGCCCUUCGAUUUCGCAAACAUCACUGUGAAUGACCUCACAGGAAGGGUUAUCAAGACAGAUCAAAUUGCCAAUGGACACUGUUCAGAGGUAUGGAAAGGCACCUACACAAUUGGAGGUCGAUCAGUCACUGUAGCCGUGAAGGUCAUGAGAUCGACGUUGUUUCUCAACAGUCAAACUGCAGAACAAACAAUACGGAGGCUCCUGCGAGAAACAGGAGUAUGGAGUAGAUGUAUUCAUCCUCACUUGGCCCCAUUUAUUGGUAUAUGUUAUGAGGUUACGCGAGGAUAUCAAGUCCCCUGUUUGUUAUCUCCAUUCUAUGAGAAUGGAACCAUCAUGCAGUACCUAAGACACAAUUCAAAUGUUGUGCGGAUGGACUUGCUUCGCCAAUUUAUUUCUGGAUUGGCUUAUUUACAUGGUCGUGCUAUUGUUCAUGGGGACCUCAAACCUACAAACAUUCUCAUCAACGACGCAGGCAAUGCGGUGUUAGCCGACUUUGGACACUCUCGAAUCCUUGGGACUUCUGGGUUCACGACAGGCACAAUGACCAUAGCUGGCACGUUCCGCUACAUGGCGCCAGAGUUGAUGAUACCUGAAAAUCCAGAUACAACACCAACACCAACGAUGGCAUCGGAUAUCUGGGCAGCAGGGAUGACGGGCCUGGAGAUUCUCUCCGGUAAGAACCCGUAUGUGGACAAAACGGAUAGCCAAUUAGUCUCAGCUAUGGUGGCUAAUCAAUUACCCAACAAGGCACACUACCGUCUCGUUCGACAGGGUGCAUGGUCUGCGUUUGAAUAUUGUUGGAAAAAGAACCCGAGUGAGCGACCUGAUGCGCAGCGAUUGAGCGAUUACUUAGAUGAACAAUAUGGGUCUGACUCGAGUCGAUCAGCCAGACCUACUAGAACUCGCGGUUGAACAGAUGUAGACAUAAAUAUUUGUUCCCUGCAUCUUGCUGUAUCAUUUGCACCUUGUGCAUAAAUUACUCGCUAGUGUUGGGGCGUCCCCCCUCUCUCAUGCACAUACCGAACGUAGCCUGUCAUGAAGGAGCAAACGAAUAUGCCAAUUGAGGAAUGAGUCUG